AUUUGAAGUCACGUGAUAAAUGAACAAGUAUAAAAAAUAUUGCGCUUGCAACAAAGCUUUGUAAAAAAUCUUGGAGGAAAUUUUGAAUAUAAUAUAAGACUCGGGACACUUCAGUACAUAACCUCUUCUACGUAACAAACGUAAUUCAAUAUGAUUAAAUCUGUGUUCAUUACGUUGAUGGCAUCUACCGGAUUGAUGAUAACAUCAGGUGCGAGCGUGUGUCCGGACGGUUACUGUCGCCAUUCGGACGGCUGCUUCAGAACUGUUGGCCUUAACGUCACAUGGAUUGACGCCAAGACGUACUGCCCGUUGCUAGGAGGCGUUCUCUUGUCUCCAAACUCAGUUGCUAGCCAGACAACUGCAGAGGGCGCUCUCCGAAGGUCAAAAGAUGCAAUUCAACCCGGCAAGUACUGGCUUGACAUAACUGACCUAUCUAACCCCGGGGAGUGGAAAACAAUGAGCGACAAGCGAACGCUUGUUUACAGCAACUGGGCUUCCAGCAGCCACACUAAUGAUGAUAACAACAAGAAUUGUGUCUAUAUGUCGCUGGAAAAUGACUUCGAAUGGGCGAUCGCCUCAUGUUCUGAGAAAAUGAACUUUGUCUGCUUCCAUGCAGGGUUACCCCCAACAACCGAGAGGGUGUUCGUCCGCAGCACGCUCGUAUACUCGUACGGUAGUUAUAACCGGAGAAGAUGGGAAUCUGUGUAUGAAACACGAGAAAUAGACACUAAUGAGAUAGAGUGCUGAAGGAAAUUGAAUUCGUCUCUUUUGUCAGUACACGUUUUUUUGUACACGUGUUUCUAUAAUUUUUAUUUGAAAUAUAUUGUUGUUUAUUCGGUCUGUACUUUUGUUGUUACGUCACUAUUUAUGAUAGUCUUGUAUUUCAUUUUUUAAUAUUGCCUUUGAAUAAAAAGUUUUGUCAAGCA